AUGUCCCAGAGAUAUGGAUCCAGCAAGAAUUUCUCUUCCUCCCGCAGUGGAGGAGGAGGGAGUUCAUCCAUCAGAAUCUCCAGCAGUAGAGGCUCUAGCUAUGGGGGUGGUUCUGUGGGUGGAAGAUUUAUUUCAAGUGGGGGCUCUAGCUAUGGCAGUUGCUCAAGAGGGGGCUAUGGAGGUGGCUCACUAGGAGGCUUUGGAGGAGGCUUUGGUGGUGGCAGCUGUGGUGGAGGCAGUUUUGGUGGUGGUUAUGGUGGUGGCAGCUAUGGUGGUGGGAGCUAUGGUGGAGGAAGCUUUGGUGGGGGAAACUUUGGGGGAGGAAGCUUUGGGGGAGGAAGCUUUGGGGGAUUCCUUGGUGGAAGCUUUGGUGGAGGUGAUGGGGGCCUCCUCUCAGGGAAUGAGAAGGUCACCAUGCAGAACCUGAAUGACCGCCUGGCAUCCUACCUGGACAAAGUAAAAGCUCUAGAGGAAUCUAACUAUGAGCUAGAGCAAAAAAUCAAGGAAUGGUAUGAGAAAAAUGGCAACUCAAGACAGAGAGAACCUCGUGACUACAGUCAUUAUUAUGAUACCAUUGCAGAUCUUAAAAAUCAGAUCCUGAAUCUAACUACUGACAAUGCCAAUGUGCUACUGCAAAUUGACAAUGCCAGGCUGGCUGCUGAUGACUUCAGACUGAAGUAUGAAAAUGAGGUGGUCCUGCGUCAAAGUGUAGAAGCUGACACUAAUGGCCUACGCAGAGUCCUGGAUGAACUGACCUUGACCAAGACUGACCUAGAGAUGCAGCUUGAAGGCCUGAGUGAGGAGAUGGCCUUCCUCAAGAAGAACCAUGAGGAGGAAAUGAAAGACCUUCAGAAUGUGUCCACUGGUGAUGUAAAUGUAGAAAUGAAUGCUGCCCCAGGAGUGGAUCUGACUGAGAAUCUGAACCGAAUGAGAAACGAAUAUGAGCAACUGGCUGAAAAAAAUCGCAGAGAUGCUGAAGCCUGGUUCAAUGAAAAGAGCAAGGAGCUGACCACAGAGAUUGAUAGCAACGUUGAACAAAUGUCCAGUCACAAAUCCGAAAUCACCGAACUGAGACGUAAUGUUCAAGCUUUGGAGAUUGAACUGCAGUCACAACUGGCCCUGAAACAAUCCCUGGAAGCUUCCUUGGCAGAGACAGAAGGUCGUUACUGCUCACAGCUGUCACAAAUCCAGGUCCAAAUCACUGCCCUGGAAGAGCAAUUACAGCAGAUCAGGGCUGAAACAGAAUGCCAGAAUUCAGAAUACCAGAUGCUCCUUGACAUUAAGAUCCGCCUGGAGAAUGAAAUUCAGACCUACCGCAGCCUGCUAGAGGAAGGAGGUUCUUCUGGUGGCUCAUAUGGAGGUGGUAGCCGUGGAGGAAGCUCUGGUGGUGGAUAUGGAGGAAGUUCUGGUGGCGGAUAUGGAGGGAGCUCUGGUGGUGGAGGAUAUGGUGGAAGCUCUGGUGGUGGCCAAGGAGGUGGUAGCUCCAGGGGCGGAUAUGAAGGAAGCUCUGGAGGCAGUGGAGAAUUCAAAAGUUCCGGCUCUAGAGGAGGUUCAAGUGGAAGACAAGGAGGAAGCACUGGAUCUGGUGGAGAAUCGCCAUCUAAAAGCAGCUCUGGAACAAGGUCAGCAGAAACCACCUGGGAUUCUAAUAGAACCCCUGUGAUCAAGACCAUCAUUGAGGAGGUUGCCCCUGAUGGCAGAGUCCUUUCAUCCAGAGUGGAAUCAGAGAUGGAGAAGCACUACUAUUAA